GCCUGUGUUUAAAUUUUGAGCCACCGGCCGUCGGUGGGAAUGAGAUCGUCCAGUGCAAGCAUGGAAGAGAUGUUAACGUCAUCGAGUGAUCAUCCCCGGUCGACGAAAUGGUCACCGCAGGGCAGCCUCGCUCGCUUUCUGGCCGCCGCCGUCCUCGUCUUCCUCGUUUUCCACUCCGCCGGCAUCGCCUACCGCGCGCGCCACGACCCGUCGGAGCUAGCCUUCAUCGUGUUCGCCUACUCGGACUUGGCGUUGCUAUUCGCCUGCCUCAAGAGGUUCGAGAGAAUGGGCCCCGACGGCGCGCCGGAAGCCAGGGAGCGGCUGAAGGCGGCUGUCUGGGCCUCGUCGGCGGCGCUGAACCUCGCGUUCGCCUGGCGAGUGGCGAGGGUGAUGCCCACGGUGCUAGCGGUGGCUGUCUGGAUGAUGGCUAUGAUUGUCGUCAUCGGAGGGUUCUACGGGCUGUUUAUAAGCCCAGCUGACGCCGGCGGCAAGGUGGACUGCAGCCGUGGGUACUCUACGGUCGAGAACAGAGAGCUGGAACCUGAGGAGAAGACCUAAGCUUAGUUGACUUCCGUCACCGUAUCCUAAAUAAAAUUAUGCGGACUAAAUUGGCUGAAGCAAAUAUCGAACUGUCCGUGAUAUGUAUAUACAUAUAUUUGUCUGCGUUUGAGCGAGUUGUGUGUGUGUGAAAAUCGUCCGUGGACAAAUUUAUAUGCGUGAAUAUUAUGUGCCGAUAUAUUUUUCUGUUUUUUUA